CCUUUUCAGAGCGGCCUGGAGCCCUGCUCGGGGAGGAGCGCGCCCGGGUCGCCGCCGCGGCAGAGCGGGGUUAGGAAUCUGGAGCAAUGGGCGACUGGAGCUUUCUGGGGAGACUACUCGAGAACGCGCAGGAGCACUCUACGGUCAUCGGCAAGGUCUGGCUGACGGUGCUGUUCAUCUUCCGCAUCCUGGUGCUGGGCGCCGCGGCCGAGGAGGUGUGGGGUGAUGAGCAGUCCGACUUCACCUGCAACACCCAGCAGCCCGGUUGCGAGAACGUGUGCUACGACCGCGCCUUCCCCAUCUCGCACAUCCGCUUCUGGGCGCUGCAGAUUAUCUUCGUGUCCACGCCCACCCUCAUCUACCUGGGCCACGUGCUGCACAUCGUGCGCAUGGAAGAGAAGAAGAAAGAGAGGGAGGAGGAGCAGCUGAGAAGGGACAACCCGCACCACGGCGCCGCGGAGGUCUGCGUGCCCGCCGGCCACCAGGAGCCCCUGGGCUCGCCGGGCACGCAGGACAAGCCCGCUGCCCCGGUGCGGGACGACCGCGGCAAGGUGCGCAUCGCGGGCGCGCUGCUGCGGACCUACGUCUUCAACAUCAUCUUCAAGACGCUGUUCGAGGUGGGCUUCAUCGCCGGCCAGUACUUCCUGUACGGCUUUAAGCUGCAGCCGCUCUACCGCUGCGACCGCUGGCCCUGCCCCAACACCGUGGACUGCUUCAUCUCCCGGCCCACGGAGAAGACCAUCUUCAUCAUCUUCAUGCUGGCCGUGGCCUGCGCGUCCCUCGUGCUCAACAUGCUAGAGAUCUACCACCUGGGCUGGAAGAAGCUGAAGCAGGGCGUGACCAACCACCUGGGCCCGGACCCCUGCGAGGUCAGGCUGGGCGCCGACGAGCCCCCUCCACCGCUCGCGGAGCGCCCCGGGCCGCCCCCCGUCGCCAUCGGCUUCCCGCCCAGCUACGCGCACGCCGCCGCGCUCCCGCAAGGACCGGCGCGGGCCUCGCCGCCCGCCGCGGGCCUGAGCGCGGCGGCCGCGGCCGAGGAGCGCAGCAAGGGCCAGGCCCUGCCCACGCCCGAGCAGAACUGGGCCCCCACGCCAGCGGCCGAGGGGCAGCCGUCGUCCAGAAAGGCAUCGCCGGCCGCGUCCAGCGCCGCCGCCCCGAGCCCCGCGGGCAGCAGCGCCAGCAGCCAGCCGCCGCGUCCCGAGGCCGGGCCGGGGGGCUCGGCUCCCCUGCUGCUGGGGGACGCGAGCGGCAGCGGCUCGGAGGAGGUGCCCUUGGGGGCGACGCCGGACGAGGAGGAGCCGGCCGUGACCACCGCGGCCGAGAUGCACGCGCCGCCCUUGUUCGAGGCGGACGGGGGCAGGUGCAGCAAAGCCAGCGGCGGUCGGGCCAGACCGAGUGACUUGGCCAUCUAG